CCCGGUGUGGAAAGAGUGAUGCGCAUCGGCAAGCUGGAGCGAGAGGACGCGAGCGUUGAGCGUUAAGUCGAAGAGUGUAGGCAAAGCACGGCGGAACAGCAGGAAAGAAGGGAGGACGCCUUAUAAAACAGGACGGGAAACGUUUGCAGAAAGCAGUGGAACGCGGGCGAGGCGCGCGCAACUCUAAGCUCUUCAGAAAGAGGUGGCUCGAGCCCCCUCCGCGCAUCGCUGCCUUAGUCCCGCACGGUAUCCAAGAGAUUUUCCGGCGAGUUCAGCCAUGCUCUCCGGGACGUUACUGCUCUCCUGUCUUCUGGGUUUGGGGACCUGUGCAGUGAUAGUGCAGCACCCUCAUGACGUGGUGGUGGUGGCCGGCCAACCAGUGACUCUGCCGUGCGCCAUCACUGGUUACCAUGGCAUGGUACUGUGGGUGAAGGAUGGACUGGCGCUUGGAGUGAACAGGGACCUGUCAGUUUAUCCGCGCUACGAUGUGGUUGGCGACCACAGCAAAGGCGAAUACCACCUCCUGAUCCAGAGGACGGAGCUCGCAGACGACGGGACGUUUGAGUGCCAGGGCAUCCAAGCUGCCAUCCGGUCACGGCCUGCCCGUCUGACCGUGCUGGUUCCUCCUGAUGACCCCGUGAUCGCUGGCGCCCCGGUGGUGAGCCUAAGGGCGGGUAACCCGCUGAACCUGACAUGCCAUGCCGACAACGCCAAACCAGCCGCCUCCAUCAUCUGGACCCGGAACGGAGAAGUGCUCAACGGAGCUAUGUACUCGAAGAUGCUGCAGAAGGAUGGGCGGAUGGAGAGCACGGUCAGCACGCUCUUCAUCUCGGCGGCGAACAUUGAGAGCGGCCAGCGCAUCACCUGCCGCGCCUCCAACAAAGCGGCGCCCAAUGGCAAAGAGGCCACCGUCACUAUCGAUGUUCAGCACCUCCCUUUGGUGAAUCUCUCAGUGGAGCCACAGCCUAUUUUGGAAGGCAAUCUGGUCAGGUUCCACUGCUCUGCCAAGGCUAAUCCACCUGUCACUCAUUACAGGUGGGCGAAGGGGGGCAGCGUGAUCAGGUCUGUGGUGGGAGACAGCUACGAGGUGGUGGUGGACCACUCCUUCUUCACCGAGCCCGUGUCCUGCGAGGUGGCCAACGCCCUGGGCAGCACUAAUGUCAGCCGCAACGUGGACGUCUACUUUGGGCCCCGCCUAGCCGCCGAACCCCAGUCGCUGCAGGUGGACCUGGGCUCAGACGCCAUAUUCAACUGCGCAUGGACAGGGAAUCCCUCCCUCACCAUUGUUUGGAUGAAACGGGGCCACGGAGUGGUGCUCAGCAAUGAGAACACCCUGACCCUGAAGGCAGUGAAACCAGAGGACGCUGGGAAAUAUGUGUGUCGAGCUGUGGUUCCCCGCGUCGGAGUUGGGGAGAAGGAAGUAACCCUUACAGUGAACGGCCCCCCGACUAUCUCCAGCACCCAGACCCAGCAAGCCCUGUAUGGAGAAAAGGGCCAGAUCCAGUGUUUCAUCCGCAGCACGCCACCUCCGGAUCGCAUCGCCUGGUCCUGGAAGGAGACGGUGCUAGAGUCAGGAACGUCUGGGAGGUACACUGUGGAGACGGUGAGUACAGAGGAGGGAGUCAUCUCCACGCUGACCAUGAGCAACAUCGUGCCCGCCGACUUUCAGACCAUCUACAACUGCACGGCAUGGAACAGCUUUGGCUCUGACACCGAGAUAAUCCGUCUCAAGGAACAAGGGUCCCUGCGAUUGGCCGUCAUCAUUGGGGUUGCAGUGGGAGCUUUCCUGGCUCUCGUGGUCCUCAUGGGGACCCUGGGGGCCUUCUGCUGUGCUCGUCUCCAGAGGAGUCUCAAAGGGGUGGUCUCUGCAAAAAAUGACAUUCGGGUGGAGAUUGUUCACAAGGACCACAACGCAACUCGGGAGCAGGACGAGCACACGAACAUGAAGCAAAUGAUGAUGGAGCGCGGUGAGUUCCAGCAGGAGUCCGUUCUGAAGCAGCUGGAGGUGCUUCAAGAAGAAGAACAAGAGUUCCAGCACAUUAAGGACCCAACCAAUGGCUACUACAGCGUCAACACCUUUAAGGAACAUGCGGCGCCCUCUGUGGCCAUGGCGGCGGGUCAGAGCGUGGAGGCACGCAACCCAGGCACAGCAACGCUGGGCAAGCAGCGGGUGCCCACGGGUAUGUCUUUCACCAACCUCUACUCCACCCUGGGCGCUGGCCCCAGCCACCGCCUCUACGACUACAGUGGGCGCUUCGUGCUGGGCACAGGCGGCAGCUCCAUCGAGCUUUGCGAACGCGAGCUUCAGCGAGGAGGUGGGCCACUUGGAGACUCCGUCUCCUUCACCGAAGCCCAGGGCGAGGGCAGCGGUGGGGCGUUCGGCCGCCAGGACGGCUGCGCGCCGUUUGACAAGGCCAGCAAGGCUUCGGCCUCCUCAUCCUCUUCUCAGCGCUCACAGGCGUCCUCGCAGGGCUCGGAGGGGAUGCGCCCCAUGCACAAGCGCAUGCAGACACACGUCUGAGAGUGAAGCGCGAGGGGAGCCAGAGGGGGUGACAGGGCGCGAGCGGUAAGUGCUGUAGCCAGCACCUAGCCAUGAACACAAGGAAAGAGGAAGACCUACUGUGCCGUGCGAUGGCCCCGCCCCCUCCUGACAGCGACGCCUGAGGAAUUCGGCCCCUUCCAUUCAGACGGUGACAUGCGCCUGUAUUUUUUAAUGAACAUCGCAUUUUGUAAGUUACCCCGCAGAGAGACUUUUAUUCAAAGCCAGCAUGUGGUAACCUAAACAUUGUUUCAUGACAAUCAGGAUUCCAUCCUCACAGUUGCCACUGAUUCUCUGUUUGACUUUCCUCUCUCAAUUCCUUUUCUCCAUCACGUUGAACUGGGAAAACCUUGAGGGCUGUAUAAAUUUUUUAUGAGGAACCAAAUUCUCGGCCUUGUGUAACUCAACUGUAAUUCAAAGCACAAAAGUGACUGUGGACAUCAACCACGGUCCUCCCUGGCCUACAGAGAAAACCCUCACCCAAACACCAGGACCUCAGAGAAGAGCGAGGCCCGAACAAGCAAACAUCACCUUUCCAGCCUUACCAGGGCUACAUCCCAAAUCACGUUCGAUGGGCCCCUGCUCGUAACGGUCCAUUCACACUAUUGUAAAUUGGCCUGACUUUUCCAGGUUUGGCUUCGCUGUUCCUGGAAAGCGACAGCGUCUGAAUGCACCCUGCGAGAUUGUUAAAACACGGAUUGCAUGCUUGAAGAAGCGGCUCCUCUGACACCCCAUCCCGAGCUCGGCAACACCGGGCUCAUGUUUACAUGUCGGCGGAAGGAGUGUGUGUGAUCUGCGUAUGGAAUAUCCUGCCUAAUGUGAACUCUCUAAACAGACCAGUGUGAAAUCGAACACGUGUGUCUAGUGAAUCCAGAUAAGCGAUUUUUUUUCUCCAAUUUUGGCUUAUGGCGUGUCGUUUACACUGGAGCUUGUAAAUCCUGCAUUGCGUGCAAGUGUACUGUGAUUUCAUCUCCAGGUGAUGGGUGGAGUGAUGGGACUUUUCUUCUGCUUUUUUGAUAGCUUCUUUCAUGCUAAGACAGACAUGUGCUUAAGGCCACUGUUCUAAGUGUGCCUGUAGACACAAGGCCUGGACCAUCCAUGUGACACUGUUCGGUAAGAGUGCCAAGUGCCUCCUUUUAGCAGCAAACAGAAUUAAUCAGUCAAUCAGGCUUGGUUAUAACAUAACUGUUCAUAGAAUGCGUGUGGAAAAGGUUACGUGGUCAGUAAAGCCAUGAAAUUAACUCUCUGUUCCAGUCAUUUGCUGUGAACAGACAACAACAACAACAAAAAAUGUCUGUGGAGGACAAAGGCAGAAUUCACCCUGUGCUGUACUCUCUUAUUAAUGCCAUGCCAUGAAUAGUUCAUGGAUACUGCUCUAAUAGACAGUAAACAUGCAUAAUGCAUAGUAAUGUCAGAUCAUGCAUUAUCAAGGAUUCAUCCAUAUUGAGUACCAAUUUUGGAUUCAAAGCUGGAUUUCAUUGUUUCAUUAGAACAUCAUACUAGAGAAGUUCUACUCAAUCAGUCCCCCAGUUCAGCAUUUGAGUUGCAUUAGGGACUUAAUGACUUGGGAUGAUACAUUUCAGCAUUCAGAUAUUAAAUCCCCAAGAGGACAUUAGGGAUAUUUCAUGAACCUUCAUAACAUUCCCAUAUGAAUUAGAUAUUAUGGCAUGGUUUUAAUCUAUCAUCUUGGCUUUUAAAGGUUGGCUCAACCAUGGUGGAUCUUGUCGUGAAACUAAAUGGAUUUCAAAAAGAUGACGCAUCUGGAUAGGGGGCAGGGUGUUUGUGCAGCAGGGGCCACUGUAACUCUUUAAAAGGGCCGCUCACCUUGCAUUGCCAUCCUAAUUGAAAGUCGAGUCACACACUCUGUAACCGCAUCUAUUGGGGAAAGCCUUAAUCAGCACAUUCUUGACUUGCUCGUUGUCUAGAGUGCUCGGGAGCUGCCCCUGGAUGUAGCUUAUGUGUGGGGAAUGGUGAGUAAAUGACUGCUGCGCACACUUCCAAGACCUUUUCUGCCUUUGCAUAAGGGCAGUCGUGAUGGAAUCUUAAAUUUGCUCCAAUCCAGAGAGAUAUUUCAGAGAGGCUGAAUCUCUUAUUUAACAGGGCACUUGAGAUUCAACUAUACAGCUCAGCCUGUAGUGACAGUGUGCUAUUAUUCCUAACCUAUUAUUUGUAAUGAGGAGAUAUUUAUAUUGAUGAUGGGGGGGGGAUGACACAAUUGUAGUCACUAAAAAUAAAGGUCAUAAUUAAAAUGGAGGGUAUAUUUGGUCAAAGGGUAGAAUUGCAUACAAUGGGAAGAGAAAACAAACUUCAGUAAGCAGCUUUUAGUCUUCAACACGGCCCCCGAAUUUGAAGUCAAAGGAACUGCAAAACCAGGGGCUUCCUGAUAAGAUCCACCUGCAAAUUAAAUCAAAAGUAUGUAGAUUUGACUUCUCUAGCUGCGCACUUCUGAUGAGAUCAUGAUACACAAGGCACUCUGUGCGUGAUAUGUUUGAAGUCUGUGUUCGGCAUCCCGCAGUGGUAGUAAUAAAUAUGAAUGUCCCCCAAAGUGAACUUCAUUCAAAACGUUCACUGCGAGCACCGUGCACUUUAUCCGCCAGGGUGUAACCAGUCCGCUUAGCUUGGGCUGGAUAGUUUAAGCUACCAUUUGCCUUCCCCAAUUCACUGGAAGCAGACAACAAACACCUUUAUCUUUCUAACAGUAGAUUAUUUUGUCCCUUUUGUUUUUGGUAUCGUGUGUAAUGAACUUAUUACCGUACAAACAUCAAUCUAUUCGUCAUGAACUAUUCUGCUCCAGCAGUAAAAAGAUACAUAACAGUCAUCCAAUUAUGAAAAUGUUUUCUUUCUUCUUGUCUCUGACUGUAACCAAUGUUGUUUUUCCUUUGCUGUACAUAAAAUGAGCUAAUGAGCAGGAAAAAAAAGAA